CGGUUGUGGAGCGGAUGCUGUCCUGGUGGUAAGAGAGCGCGAUGCGGAACAAGCGAAGGUGAAAAACACUGGACAAACCCCAGCGCAUAACCAGGCUCUCUAGUUGCUCUCCCGACCUGUCUAUCUCGAACACAGAAGCUCUUCUGUCGGAUCAUCAAUGUAACGGAUUCUAACAGCACUUCAGCAUUAAACAUGGGCCAGGAUCGGGGGAAGUAUGACUUCUACAUUGGGCUGACGUUGGCCAUCAGCUCCAGCAUUUUUAUUGGAGGCAGCUUCAUCUUAAAAAAGAAAGGGCUCCUUCGCUUGGCUAAGAAGGGCUCCAUGAGAGCGGGUCAAGGAGGUCAUGCUUAUCUGAAAGAAUGGCUUUGGUGGGCUGGAUUGGUAUCAAUGGGUGUUGGGGAAGCAGCUAAUUUUGCUGCAUAUGCUUUUGCACCAGCCACAUUAGUUACUCCGCUGGGAGCACUCAGUGUUCUUGUGAGUGCUAUUUUGUCUUCAUACUUCCUUAAUGAGAGACUGAAUCUUCAUGGCAAGAUCGGCUGUUUGCUGAGUGUUCUGGGAUCCACCGUCAUGGUUAUCCAUGCUCCUCAAGAGGAAGAGGUGGAACACUUGGAAGAAAUGUCAAGUAAACUGCUGGAUCCAGGUUUUUUGGUAUUUGCCACCUUAGUUGUCAUAGUGGCACUGAUUCUAAUUUUUAUAGUGGGACCUCGUCACGGACAAACCAAUAUCCUGGUCUAUAUAACCAUCUGCUCUGUGAUCGGAGCACUCUCUGUGUCCUGUGUGAAGGGACUGGGCAUCACUAUAAAGGGACUGUUUGCAGGGGAACAUGUAUUCAGGCAUCCUUUGUCAUGGAUCUUAAUAGUGAGCCUUAUAACUUGCGUAAGCACUCAGAUCAACUACCUGAACAAGGCUUUGGAUAUCUUCAACACUUCACUGGUGACUCCCAUUUACUAUGUGUUCUUCACAACCUCUGUGCUGUCGUGCUCGGCCAUUCUCUUUAAAGAGUGGCAACACAUGGGCACAGAUGACAUCAUUGGCACUUUCAGCGGUUUCCUUACUAUCAUUGUGGGCAUCUUUUUGCUUCACGCUUUUAAAGAUGUCAGCUUGACCCUAGCUAAUCUCCAUGUGUCUGUGCGGAAAGAUGAGGGAGUCGUUGCCAAUGGAGUGGCGUCCCACAGCACAUAUGAAAUGUUUGAGGAUGAAAUAACGAACCAGACACAGGACGGGGGCUUUGAUCUGCACUCUGAUAAUGUCUCAAGAAGAAACGGCACUGUGGCAGUAUUAUAAACCAAUACAAACCUGGUACCCAGUGUAACGUUGCCAGGAACAACUAGCAUCUCAAGUUUCCUGAAAGGGAAGCUUUACAUUCAUUUGAAACAAAGACAAUCAUUUCUUUUUUGUAUUUUUAUGUGUAAAUGGGAUGGACCAAUCAGUUGUAACGACAUUUAUUUGCCUUAUCUGUCAUGUGGGUUGUCUUCUUUUUUUUUUUUACUUAAAUUAUACUGCUUGAUGGUUAAGUUUAAUCAUACAACUGUGAAACAUUGUAAAUAUACUUCAAUUAGUUUUUUAUUCUUUCUGUACAGUGGUAUCUACAUGCACUGAGUUUGUUUCUGUAACUGGAUCAAAGAUUGUUUACUUAAGGGCCUGCUUUAACUUUAUAAUAAAUCCAAUACUUUACAGGAACAUGAUUUUAAUAGUAUGGAAUGUACAGAAAGAUCUGUGUGACAACAGUACAUUAAAUAUUGAAAAAGGUC